AUGGCGACAUGUACUCAAACACAGGUGGCCGUGCCGCCAUCUGUGACUCUCGCGACUGGCGAUACUACUCCUCGACAAUUGCUAGAGUACACCAGCGCCAAUCAGUCUACCGAAUCUGUUGACGACGCACCUCGAAUGUCUCUAUUCCGCAAGAUAACCGUGAUUGUACAACUCUCGGGCGUCAACUUUUCUUCAAGCGCCGUCAAUGGUCUUGUCGUCGUGGGCUUACCUACCAUCACCGCUGAUCUCAAAUUGGAUCCUUCUUUGGCAUUUUGGCCAACAUCUGUCUCAAACCUGGCCAAUGCUUCCACAAUCUUGCUUGCUGGAUCUGUGGCAGACUCGAUUGGACCACGAGCCGUCAACCUCACCGGUGGUAUAGUUACCGGUGCCUUCAUACUCGCCGCAGGAGUUUGUAAGACAGGGCCCCAACUGGUUGUCAUGCGUGCCUUACAGGGUGUCGGUUAUGCCAUGCAUCUGGCGUCGUCCGUUGCUAUUGUCAGUCAUACACUUCCACGUGGAAGGCCUCGAAAUGUUGCAUUCUCUUGUCUUGGUUUGAGCCAGCCGUUGGGCUUCUCGUUUGGCCUAGUACUCGGAGGUAUCCUCCAAGACCUCAUCGGCUGGAGAGCAGCUUGGUACAUUUACGGUGGCUUAACGCUUGCGCUCUCUGGUGUUGCCACUUGGGCUUUGCCAACGUCGCACUAUGAAAGAACAUUUAGGGGCACGAUGCACAAUUUUAAGGAGAGGGUAGAUUGGGUUGGCGCAUUGCUUGCGUCUAUCUUCAUGGCAUUGCUAUCCUACCUAUUUGCCACCAUCAGUGUGGAUCUUAAUAGAAUCCGAAACCCAGAGACGAUUGUGUUUGUUUGCCUGAUUGCCAUUGCACUACCGCUCUUUGUUGGUUGGGUCCAUCGACAAGUCAAGCUUGGUAAACCAGCCCUCAUUCCAAACUCUCUCUGGAAGAAUACUGCAUUUUCCAGUAUUUGCGGCACAGUGGCUAUUUCGUUUGGUGUGACGACAUCAAUGGAGCUCUUCGCUAGUUUGUUCUUCCAAGAGGUUCAGCAUCUUUCUGCUCUUCAAACUGGUCUGAGAAUCAUGCCAAGUUUACUAGUUGGAGUUGUUCUCAACUUCACUACUGGUUUAUUUGUUGAUAGAGUUCCCGUACUCUGGAUGGUGACAGCAUCAUCCAUCAUUUGUUCAGUUGCACCACUGUUGAUGGCCGUAAUCAAGGUACAAUCGCCGUACUGGACCAAUGCAUUUAUCGCGCAGCUGCUGGCCCCUGUGAGCACUGAUGUUCUCUUCACAGUAGGUCUCAUCAUUAUUUCGGACAACUUCCCGGAUGACACGCAGGCGUUGGCGGGCGCUGUGUUUAACACGGCAAACCAACUCGGCCAGGCGCUCAUCUUGGGCAUAAUGCAGAUUGUUUCAACGCUCGUCACCAAAGACCACAGCGACAAGAGUUUGCCAAUGGCGAGGCUAGAGGGCCUGAGGGCAAGCUUCUGGGCCAUGUUUGGAUUCAUGAUGUUAUGCACUUUGUGGGGAGCUAUUGGUCUACGAAGGACUGGAAAAGUUGGACUCAAACGUGAUUAA